AUGGCCACCCGUGUCCGUGUGCAAGCACUAGCUCUUCUUCCCCUGUUCCUUCUCUUCUCCCCUGUGCCCGCAGCUGAUAGCAUCAGCGCAGCCUCUCCCGUCGCCGAUGGCCAGACGCUCGUUUCUGCCGGUGGGGUCUUCGAGCUUGGAUUCUUCACCCCGCCGGCCUCGACGGCGAGGUUCUUGGGCAUCUGGUACAAGGGUAUCGCUCCUCUUACUGUUGUCUGGGUGGCCAACCGGGAAGCUCCCAUCACCGCCGGCACCACCGCGAGCUUGGCCAUCAACGGCACCGGCAGCCUGGUUCUCGCCGACCAGUCGGGACGCGAGUUCUGGUCGUCGCCGCCGUCAAACGUGGCCUUGACAGCUUCCAAUGGAGACAAUCCCAGCAGGAGAAACACAGCAAUUGCUAUUGGCCUCAGCUUAUCCGGUCUUCUUCUUUUCGGCCUCAGCGUAUUCUUUAUGUGGACUAAGUUCUUCACAAGAAAAGGGAGGUACCAGAGCACACGACGGCUCACCUCAUUCGACUCGAGCAACCCUCUCGCUCCGGUCCAAGACAGGAGCAUGGAAGACGAGUCGAGUCAGAGCAAAGGACUACAUGAUGUCACUCUCUUUGACAUGGCCAUGAUUGCCUCCUCCACCGACAACUUCGCGGCGUCGGCCAAGCUCGGCGAAGGCGGUUUCGGCGCGGUCUACAAGCAUGCAAAACUUGCAUUCAUGGGCAUGCAGCACGCAUCCAGCCUGGGUCCCGGUGUUGGGCUUGUGUACGGUGAGCUUGGGGGAGGGCAGAAGGUGGCGGUGAAACGGCUGUCCAAGUACUCGACGCAGGGGCUGGACGAGUUCAAGAACGAGGUGGUGCUCAUCGCCAAGCUCCAGCACGUGAACCUGGUCAGGCUCUUGGGCUGCUGCGUCCAUGGAGAGGAGAGGAUCUUGGUGUACGAGUACAUGGAGAACAAGAGCCUGGACACGCUGCUCUUCGAUAAGGCUCGAUCGGCGCAACUGGAUUGGUCGAAGCGGUUUGACAUCGUACUGGGCGUCGCACGGGGGCUCCUGUACCUGCACCAGGACUCGAGGUUCAAGGUCAUCCACCGGGACCUCAAGGCCGGCAACGUCCUCCUCGACGGGGACAUGAACCCCAAGAUCUCCGACUUCGGCGUCGCCAGGAUCUUCGGCGGCGACGGCGCCGACUCACACACCCGAAGGGUCGUCGGGACAUACGGGUACAUGUCCCCCGAGUACGCCAUGGACGGCGUCUUCUCGGUCAAGUCCGACGUGUUCAGCUUCGGCGUGCUGGUGCUGGAGAUCGUCAGCGGCAGGAAGAACCGGGGAAUGUGCAGCAGCGGCGAGCAGACGAGCCUGCUCGGCCACGCAUGGAGGCUGUGGAGAGAGGGCAACGCGCUGACGCUGCUAGACGAGGCGAUGGCCAGCGGCGGCGGCGGCCGGGAGUCGGAGGAGGUGCUGCGGUGCGUGCAGGUCGGGCUGCUGUGCGUGCAGGAACGGCCGGAGGACCGACCGCACAUGGCCACGGUGUUCCUGAUGCUGGCCAACCUGAGCGUGGUGAUGCCACAGCCGAGGCACCCGGGCUACUGCAGCGACCGGGGAUCGACCUCCACCGACGGCGACUGCUCCUUGAGCUGCACCGCCAAUGAAAUCACCCUCACCGUCGUCGAGGGCCGGUGACACCACGCUGCAUUCGGUUUCGGUUAGCUUGGCGAUGAUACUUCGGUAAUUGUAUUACCCAAAUCACAUGUGGCACAAGCGUGACACAAAAUAACACCACCCUGACGUAAAAAUUGUAUUAAAAAAACCCCAAAACUGAAACUUGCCAUCAAAUAGAAA